AUGGCUCAGGCUAUCGUGAACUUCGUAGUGCAAAGUCUUGGUCAGUUGCUCCUGGAAGAAGCAGUGUUCUUAUAUGGGGUGAGAGUAAAAGUGUUGCAGCUGCAAACUGAACUAAGGAUGAUGCGGUCUUACUUGCAAGAUGCAGAUAGAAGGCAAGAUGAAAGUGAAAGCCUAAGGAGUUGGAUUUCAGAAAUCAGAGAAGCUGUUUAUGAUUCUGAUGACGUCAUUGAGUCAUAUGUCCUCAAAGAGGCCUCUAGAAGUACUUUGCCAGGUGUGUCAAACCUCAUCAAAAGGUAUGCUUCAAUCAUCAGCCGGUUAAUAGAAAUUCACAUGGUGGGAUCUAAUGUUGAUGAUCUCAUUGCUAAGAUUUCUAGCCUGACAAUGAGUCUUGAAAACUAUGGCAUAAAACAUGAGAAAGGAGAGGCAUCAAAUUCUAUCCAUGGGAGACAGACUUUGAGGAGGUCUUAUUCACAUGUUAUUGAAGAGGACAUAAUUGGUAUUGACGAUGAUGUCAAGAUUUUGGAGUCAUGUUUGGUCAACCCCAACAAAAGGUAUAGAGUAGUGGCCAUUUGUGGAAUGGGGGGAUUGGGGAAGACAACAUUGGCAAAGAAGGUGUACCAUAGUCUUGAUGUGAGGAACAAUUUUGAGAGCUUGGCUUGGGCUUACAUAUCACAGCACUGCCAAGCAAGGGAUGUGUGGAAAGGAAUUUUGUUUAGGUUGAUCUCUCCUUCCCAAGAACAAAGACAGGAAAUUGACAAUUUGAGAGAUGAGGAGCUUGCAAGGAUGCUUUACGAAGUUCAAGUGGAGAAGAGUUGCUUAGUAGUCCUUGAUGAUAUUUGGAAUGUAGACACAUGGAACAAACUGAAGCCUGCGUUCCCUAUUGGAAGAUCACUGUCAACAGUUGGUAGCAAAAUAUUGCUUACUUCUCGAAACAUUGAUGUUGCAUUGCAGAUGGAUCCUAGUUGUUAUCUUCACACUCCAAAAUGUUUGGAUGAAGUUGAUAGCUGGGAAUUGUUCCGAAAGAAGGCAUUUCCACAAAGUGAUGAUCCAGUUGUUUAUCACAUUGAUGAACUUGCUAGUCUAAAUCUUUUAAAGAACUUGACAUUCUUUCUCGUGAUUGAUGAAGAAUGCAGAGUGGAAAUUUAA